CUGCUUGGACUGCUUUACUCGCAUUCUACGAGGCAACUUCCAGCUGACACCACCCAAAAGACUGACAACAAAGAAAAUUCCUACAAUUUAAAAUGUGCAUUUUCAUCGACUGUUUGCUGAGCCCGAUAAUUCUGUGGCCGGCUCUUAUUGGUGCGGCUAUCUAUUUCUUGAAGCAAUACAUGCAGGGCGGCCAGUUCACCAGGGAGACCGAUGAGACCGGAAAAGUAUUCAUUGUCACGGGAGCCAACACCGGAAUCGGCAAGGAGACCGUCCUGGAGAUCGCAAGGCGCGGAGGAACCGUCUAUAUGGCUUGCAGGGAUCUAGGCCGGUGUAACAAGGCCCGUGAUGAGAUUAUCAAGGAGACGAAUAACCAGAACAUCUUCUCACGUCAGUUGGAUUUGUCAUCCCUUGACUCUGUUCGGCAAUUUGUUGCCGGCUUCAAGAAAGAGCAGCAGAAACUCGAUGUCCUGAUCAAUAAUGCCGGCGUAAUGCGCUGCCCGAAGAUGUUGACCAAGGACGGUUUCGAAUUGCAGUUGGGUGUCAACCACAUUGGUCACUUCCUGUUGACCAACCUGUUGCUGGAUGUGCUUAAGAAAUCGUCUCCCAGUCGCAUUGUGGUCGUCUCCAGCCUGGCACAUACCCGUGGAACCAUCAACGUCCACGACUUGAACAGCGAGAAGUCGUAUGAUGAGGGCGCUGCGUAUAGUCAGAGCAAGUUGGCCAAUGUGCUGUUCACCCGGGAAUUGGCCAAGCGCUUGGAGGGAACAGGAGUUACUGUAAACUCCCUGCAUCCAGGUGUUGUGGACACGGAACUGGCGAGGAAUUGGGCCUUCUUCCAGACGAACUUUGUGCAAUACUUCUUAAAGCCACUGAUUUGGCCGCUCUUGAAGACACCGAAGAGUGGGGCGCAGACCUCGAUAUAUGCAGCACUCGAUCCUGAACUGAAGGAUGUUACUGGUCUCUAUUUUAGCGAUUGCAAACAGAAGGAAGUGGCCCCAGCUGCCAAGGACAACAAAUUCGCAAAGUUCCUGUGGGAGGAGAGCGAGAAGUGGACAGGCUUGCAAACCCCCAAAAAAGAUAUGACGUCCAAAUAGGUUUAGAACAACCGGUUUAUUCAACACUAAAACUAGUUACUUUUCCACGAGUAGAUUAAUUUAAUAAAUUCAUUUAAAUACAUACAUA